AUGGAUCCCGAACAAAAUCUACCUAAGUUGCCUUCCAUCCCCAUCGAGCACUCUUCUCAAGUUCAAGUUCAGCCUUCGGCAUUAUCACUCGGAUUAACAGACAAUGGGGAUCGUCCACAGACUCAGUCAUCGGCGACUGAUCAGAAGCCCCUACUUGGCAAGGACAAUUCAGAGGGACAUUCCCCAGCUCGUGAUCGCAAUGAUCCAUAUGUGGAUUUUGAGCCUGUCCCUCGAGCUCCUCCAGCUACGAGAAGCCGGGACGGUCACAUGAUGCGUGGAUUGUCGCGGCGAACAGUCGUAGAAGGCCAGGCUCCUAACCUUGGCUGGAUAGUGCCCGUUGACGAGAAACCUCACGUUUGUGUUGCUUCCCCGUUUGAUUUUGCAUCAAUUCUUAACCUGACUUUACAGCGACGGACCAUAGGAGAGCGACUCGAUCCAACUAUCGCCAACGCGGAGAGGGAGAGGGAACAAUACGCCAUAAAAGCAAGAAUGACAGGCUACGCAUUGAACAUCGCGAUAGGUUUACAAAUUCUGCUUGGGGCACUUACUACGGGUCUUGCGGCGGCAUUGUCCGGUAAGCAGGUUUCGUUCGGUAUUUCUAUUCUGGGUGGCAUGUCGACCUUAGUUGCUUCCUACCUCGCUCGGGCAAGGGGAUCGAAUGAACCAGAGUUAUCCAUCACUCGUGUGAAGGACCUGGAUCAUUUCCUAAGAGACUGUCUUGCCUUCAAAAUGGACCAUGGACACGAAUAUGGAACACGUGAAAAUGGGCUGAAUGAUCGGCUCGAGUAUCUUAGAAAAAGGUUCGAAGAACUUCUUGGGAAUGCCGAUGGGCAGCGGAAGCUUUCCCCACCUGUUUGA